CUGAGGUUGCAGUAAAAGGUUGCUGUCUCCAUAAAAACAUCCCCUCACUUUUAUCUCCAUUUUAGAUUUUUCUUUUCUUAUUUGUAGCACAUUUCCGUUUCAGUUACAUUUCAUCCCCAUCCCAUUUUCCUUUUUUAAGUACAAAGGUAGGGUUCCUCUACAAACCAUUCGAGCGAAACGUGUCUUCCCUUUGUUAAUUCCUUUCUUAAAGGCUUGAACUUAAUCAGUCCUUUGCCCAAAAAGCCAAAAAGGUGUAUUUUUUUAUCUGGGUAUUUCAUAUUCUGAUUCUUUAAGGAGUAUCUGGAAUUGGGUUUUGCAGAUUUUGGUUCCUAGAGAUAAAUUUGGAAUCGGGUACUUUUUAUUGGAUAUAAUUCUAUGAGGUAGUGGAGAUUCUGGAGAUUGCAGAUGUUUAUUCUAUGGGAAUUUGGCUGUGAAGGAUAGGAAUCUUUAUUUAUUUGUUUUUUUCUUCUGUGAGAGGAGUUUGUAAUUCUUUGUUGUAUAAUUGUGUGUGUUCGUUGGGUUUUUUCUUGAAAAUCACGAGAUCAUAUACUAAGCCAUAAAACAGUCACAUCCUGAUUAUUUUUUAUUAGUAGUUUCAGAGAAAGUUUUUGGUUGUUUUUAGUUCUUCUUUGUGAUUUGUCUAAAUUGAAAAGAAGUGUCAACAGGAAUCCUUCUCUCGAUCCAUUUAAGGAAGUGAGAUAUUGACCGUUACAACUUCUCUCAGAUGUAAGUGGAAGGGCUUUAUUGUUGGUUGUUAUUGGUUUGGUAGAUGUUGAGUAGAUAUUCCGCAAAAAUAAGUAUUGUUCUUCUCUUUUUUCUUACCUUAUCUAUUUUGCAAGUAUUGGAUGAUUUAAGGAUUAGGACUUAGCCGUGCUUUUGUCAUGCUCCAUUUUUGAAGUUAAGGGACAUUUUAGGCCUUGAAAACAAACUUGUUUUCAGAAAGCUGUUUUUGGUCAUCAAUGAGAUUUCUAAGCCUUGUGGGAAACUCUUUUGGAUGUUCUGCAUCUGGGGAACGCUUAGUUUCUGCAGCAAGAGAUGGUGAUCUUCAAGAAGCCAAGGCUUUAUUGGAAUACAAUCCAAGGCUUGCAAGGUAUUCUACUUUUGGAGUUCGCAAUUCGCCUCUCCAUUACUCUGCUGCUCAGGGACACCAUGAGCUAGUCUCACUCUUGCUUGAGUCUGGAGUUGAUAUUAAUCUCAGGAACUAUCGGGGUCAGACUGCUCUGAUGCAAGCUUGUCAAUAUGGCCACUGGGAGGUUGUUCAGACUCUGAUUCUUUUUGGAGCCAAUAUUCACAGAGCAGAUUAUCUUAACGGGGGUACUGCACUCCACCUGGCUGCCUUGAAUGGUCAUUCCCGGUGCAUAAGGCUCCUCCUUGCAGAUUAUAUUCCUAGCAUCCCCAGUUGUUGGAAUAAAUUAAGGAAGAGAUCAAAAAAUAAAGAAUCUAUUGCAGAACUUGAUGAGAGUGCUCUCCGUGAGGUCAUCGGUAGACCUGCUGAUGGAGGCGUCACUGCUCUUCAUAUGGCAGCAUUGAAUGGACAUGUUGAAACUGUUCAGUUGCUCCUGGAUUUGGGGGCUUCUGUUACUGAGGUAACCAUGGAAGAUGGGACAACAAUUGAUCUAAUAGGUGCAGGGAGCACUGCUCUUCACUAUGCUGCUUGUGGUGGAAAUGAACAAUGUUGUCAGAUUUUGAUUGCCAGGGGUGCUAGUGUUACUGCUACAAAUGCAAACGGGUGGACUCCUUUAAUGGUCGCCCGUUCCUGGCGUAAAAAUUGGCUUGACGAAAUUCUUAGCACUCAGCCUGAAAGCCAGUCACAAAUUCUUCCCUCUCCCUUUCUAUCUCUUCCCCUUAUGAGCAUUGUUAAAAUUGCUAGAGAAUGUGGAUGGAGGACUGGUGAUUCCUUACCCUCAUGCCAAGAUCCAUGUGCUGUAUGUCUGGAGAGGAAGUGCACAGUAGCUGCAGAAGGUUGUGAUCAUGAGUUCUGUACACAAUGUGCCUUAUACCUCUGUUCUACAAAUAAUACCUCAAAUGUUGCUCAAGGUCCAAUUGGCUCGAUUGCCUGUCCUCUUUGCCGGCAUGGGAUAGUAUCAUUUGUCAAGCUCCCAGGAACAAAACCAACAAUUAAGGCAGUUGCCAGAACAAGCUUAUCCCUUUCUUUCUGCACAUGUUCUAGUGAGAUACCAGAGUCAACUUCAAUGACAACCCCGCUUUGCAAGCCUGAGGUCCAUUGCACACGAAUUUCUCCCCUUGGAUCUUCGUUUCGCAACCUAAGCUGCCAGAGUUUCCGAUCAAUGAAAAUUCACUCUAGCCUUUGCAUGGGAGCUCCAAAUACUAGUCCUUCUUUAGUUCCCUGCCCUGCUGACCGGAAUUUGCAAAACCACUUGGUUAGGUGCUCAAGGUCGGGCUUAAGGCGGUCAGCUUCUGAGGCCCGAAGGUCAUGGUUCACAGCGCUUAAUCUGUGUGUAACUACAUGCAGUGGAUGCUGAUAUUUUUGUCAUCUUUUUUUUUUUCCCAUUCUUUUUCUAUCCCGUGUCAUAGGUGUUUUUCCUUUAAUUUUGCCCUAAUUGUAAUUGAAAUUUCUUGUUGAUAAUGAUUGCUGGUUGUGUAAAUGGCAAAGAUGUGUUUUACCAGUUACUGUAAAACGAAUCCACGGGAUUAAGCUUUUGCAUCCCCAUGUUUUUGUUCCAAUGGUUCAUGUCUAUAUACAGAAGCUGAACUGUUUAUCAGAUAAA